UAAUAAGGGUUAAUAUAAAUACGCUUUAAACUCCUCUGUUUCCAUAGUAACACUCUGUUUUAAGAUGGGAGAAUGUGCGGCUAAGGAGAAUGAGAAUCCAUGCGGUUUUGAAACGAAUUUAGUAGAGAGAUCAAUGUGGCUGAUGAAAUGCCCUUCUCUGGCCGCCGCUGCUUCUCUAAAGUCUCUUCCUUUAGCAGACGAUCCACACCUUCCUGUAGCCAAAGUCAUCCUCUCCAUAGAUCCUCUCGCCUCUGUAGACGAUGAAACCAAAGUUGGAAUGGAACUAACGCUAGCUGAGUUUGGAAACAUUCCAAAACGUUAUGCUUUGGAUAUGUCUAAAGAUUUCAUCCCCAUGUUUGUCUUCUGUGAGCCUUCGUCGCAUGGAAAACUGUCAGGAGAAGGGAAGAAGAUUAAAGGAACUUAUGAGCUGAAAGGUUGAGUACAAGAAAGUCCCCCAGGAGGAGUAGGAGGAACUCUCUCUCUCUCUAUCUCUCACACAAUGUGUCUUUCAGGUUUUGGAGUAAUAAAUUUUGAUUUCUAUUCUAAAGGCUAGCGAGUUUGUU